AUAGCGUAUUUACAUACUAGUUCCUUUCACUCAAGACCUUCAAAAAGUCUUUAGCCUGCCAUAAUUUCAUUUUCCGUUCUGUGAACCACUUAAGUAUUUUUUAAGUAUGUAGUCUAUGUAUGUUCUUCUUUGCUUAGUCAAAAUUUAUCAUCAUUUCGUAUUAGUUACGGAAAGUCGCUACUUCUUUGAUUUAUCGUGUGUAAUACAUAUCUAUUCAUACAUAUUUUUAGGUUUUAUUGUCGGCAACGCUGGUCUUUAUGUGACGCUUCUUCAAUUCCUUAUCGCCUAUUUGAUACUCCUGUUUACCGUUGCGUCUGUAUGCGCAAUCUCUACCAAUGGUGCCGUGGAAGGUGGUGGCGUUUAUUUCAUGAUAAGCCGUACGCUAGGCCUAGAAUUUGGCGGUUCGAUUGGUACACUUUUCUUUCUGGCUAAUGUCGUCGGUUGUGCUAUGGCUAUAUCUGGUUGUACUGAGGGUGUAAUGGAGAACUUUGGCCCUGGUGGUUACUUCACAGAAGGUGGUGACUCACUACCCGAUGGCACUUGGUGGCGCUUCCUCUUUUCAACGCUAAUAAAUACAGCCAUGUUAGUGGUGUGUUUGAUUGGUGCCGCACUCUUUGCUAAGACAUCGGUAUUAAUUUUGGGUAUUGUCACAGUAUGCUUGAUGGCCACGUAUAUAAGCUUCUUGGCCGAAGGUCCGAAAGAGAUUGACGUUCCGAAGGAAAACACCAUCUUCGACGAAACCAAACUCAAUUACACCGGUUUAAAUGCACACACCUUAAUGGAUAAUCUUUAUCCGCACUAUGCUAAAGAUUACACUUCGAAUGGUAAAAUAGUUGAUUUCGCCACGACAUUCGGUGUUUUAUUUGCUGGCGUGACUGGCAUUAUGGCUGGUGCAAAUAUGUCGGGCGAACUGAAAAGCCCUUCAAGAAGUAUUCCAACCGGCACAUUAUCGGCUGUGAGCUUCACAUUCGUCUCCUAUAUUUUACUUUCAUUUCUGAUGGCUUUAACCACACCAGCAGUCAUAAUGCAAAAUAACUAUCUCUUCCUUAUGCCGGUUAAUUUUUGGCCACCAUUCACAGCGAUUGGCAUACUAACCGCCACUUUUUCAACUGGACUCAGCAAUCUUAUUGGCUCUAGUCGUAUUUUGGAAGCUCUAUCAAAGGAUCAAGUGUUUGGCUCUCUUUUGAAAUUCGUAUUACGCGGCACAUGGAAGGGCAAUCCCGUUGCGGCGGUGUUCACUAGUUGGAUACUCGUCGAAUGUAUACUCUUAAUUGGUUCUUUGAAUGCAAUUGCGCAGGUUAAUUCAGUAUUGUUUAUGCUUUCUUAUUUGGCUACAAAUUUGGCUUGUCUGGGCAUCGAAUUGACUGGUGCGCCGAAUUUCCGUCCACUCUUUAAGUAUUUUACUUGGCACACCUGCCUAAUCGGUUUGCUAGGUACACUCAUCAUGAUGUUUGUGAUAAAUCCGAUUUAUGCAUCAUCCAGUAUCAUAUUAUGUUUAAUUUUGGUCAUCGCGUUGCAUCUGUUCUCACCAGCUUCGCAGGGCACCCAAUGGGGUUCGAUCUCACAAGCGUUGAUGUUCCAUCAGGUACGUAAGUACUUGUUGAUGUUGGAUUCCCGCAAGGAUCAUGUAAAAUUCUGGCGUCCACAAAUGCUAUUGUUAGUAUCAUCGCCGCGUUCCUGCUGUCCACUUGUAGAUUUUGUCAAUGAUAUGAAAAAAGGUGGGCUGUAUGUGAUUGGCCACGUGAAGGUGGGUGACUACACGGCCUUCGUAGACCCCACCAUUGAGGAAAACAAAUAUUGGCUAUCAUUCUUGGAUCAUAUGCGAGUGAAGGCGUUUGCUGAAGUGACUCUGGCCCAGUCUAUACGCGAAGGUGUGCAACAUUUGAUACGUCUAUCCGGUAUUGGUGCAAUGAAACCGAACACUAUAAUUUUGGGAUUCUACGAUAGUGAAGCACCAAAGGAUUUCUUUGAGAACGGCACUUCACCUUAUAAAACCGAUGGCUUUAAUCACGGCGAAAUUCAACACUUUCCCAUACGUCGUGAUGGCGAAGAAAAACAAAUUGAUGUCACUGAAUAUGUGGCUAUGAUGUGCGAUGUGCUCCGCAUGAAGAAAAAUUUGUGUCUGUGUCGACACUUUCAUCGCCUGGAUAAGAAUUUCAUUGCAAAAAGCAAACAUUUGAGGUAUAUAGAUGUUUGGCCAAUCAACGUUUUCAAUCCCAAUCCAAAUAAUCCUUUCGAUGUAGUCUCUCUGUUUAUGAUGCAAUUGGCAGUAAUAAUCAACAUGCUUGCUAAAUGGAAGCACUUGCGUUUACGCGUUUUUCUGUGCGAAUCAAACAAUACAAAUACUGAAUUAAGUUCUUUCGAUACACAAAUGCCACAGCUGGAUAUUUUCGCUAGAAUGAGACUGGAGCAAUCUUUGAAGAAUUUACGUAUUGAAGCGGAUAUCAUAGAGAUUCAAGAAUGGAACCGUGAUUCUGAAUUCACAAGCCAUUCUCGCGUACUCAAACAAUUUACAAGCCAAGCUGAGGUUGUCAAUGAAUUAAUUACGGAGGAAAAUCUCAAUCGCCCGCUGCUUUAUAUGCAAAGAGUCAACCAAAUAAUACGUGAACGCUCCGACCAGACGGCUGUUUCUUUUAUAUAUUUGGCUGCACCACCGCUAAUCGACACACCGGAUUUCACAGAGCGCAGUGCACGUUACAUAGAGCUACUAACCGAGUUGACUGCUGAUUUGCCACCCACUAUUCUGGUACAUGGCAUAAGCACAGUUACUUCGACAACGCUGUAAAUUCCAGAGAUUCCAUUAAACUGUAAACUGUUUUAUAUCGAUCCUUAAUGUAUGGUUCAAGUAAGUAUAUUGUGUAUGUGAGACAUUACCGAAAAAAAAGAAAAACUUCCUAUAUAUAGUAUGUAUUAAAUGCUGAAUAUAAUACUUACAUAAUUAUUUAAGUUUUGUUGUUUAACUUUAUUUGCAUGUUUUCGUUAAACGUAUUUGAAUUCAGCAUAUGUAUGCAGUUCAAAAAAAAAAAAAAGAGUUUGCGAAAGUAGUUGAUCAUCGCACACCUUUCUUAGCUGAAACUGGUUUUAUUAAAAGAGGAAUGGCCUUAUUCAUAAAAACAAAGUAGGUUUAAAGAGCUUUAUAAAUUGACGUUUUCAUACAUUUUUC